AAAAUAAUUAUUAUAAAUGAGGUCGCUGACACUGACAAUAAUCUGAGUGAACAUAGCCUGCCUGCUAACUUCUUUUGUCUCGACAAUAAUUAUCUGGUUGCCUUGCCAAAAGAAAUUGGUGAGCUGACUCGACUCCAGGAGCUUCACAUUCAAGGCAACAGAUUGACUGUUCUACCUCCUGAAAUGGAAAAUCUGGAUUUAGUCGGGACCAAGCAGAUUUUUAAGGCGGAUGGUAAUCCGUGGGUGGCACCUAUUGCAGAUCAGUUUCAAGUGGGCAUCUCACACGUGUUUGACUACAUUCGUUCAGAUACAUACAAAUUCUUGUAUUGCCGCUACAUCGCUGCAAGUGCUGCGCCACCACCAAAAACCAAAGACAAGACUAUGACAAGUCUAUGA